AUGGAGCCCGUCGCCAAGCGGGCCCGUACGGGCGGCGGAGGCGGAUCCGCCGCCGUAGAUCGCCUGAGCAGCCUGCCGGACGCCCUCCUCCACGCCGUCAUGUCCUCCCUCCCGGCGCGGCAGAUGGUGCAGACGUGCGUGCUGUCCAAGCGGUGGGUACAUCUGUGGCGCUCGGUGCCUAGCCUCAACCUCGACAGCAGGGAAUUUCUCCUACCAAUAUAUGAUAGAUGGCAGAAGAUGGAGGAUUUCACCACCAACCUGCUCAUGUUCCACCACGCUCCGACCUUAGACGCGUUCAGCAUCCGUGCAGACGUAGCUGUUGGCAAGCACGGCCGCCAUGUCGAUAGGUGGAUUCGCUGUGGUAUCAAGUACUGCCCCCGAGUGCUGGACAUCGCGGUCGCAACCGUUGAUUCUAGGUACAGGCUGCCCGAUCUGGCCUCCGGUUCUUGUCGCCUCGGAAGGUUGCAUCUUUCUUAUGUGGCUCUGCACAGCGGCUUCGCGAGGCAGGUGCGCGAUAGCUGCCCCGUGCUCCGAUGCUUGGAGCUCCACCGCUGUCUCACCAAGUUUAGCCACAUUGAGUCCAGCACACUGAACAGGUUGGUCAUUGAAGACUCCAUGGGUGGCUCCGAUAGUUUAGCUAUCAGUGCUCCUCGUCUUGCUUCCCUGCGCCUGGUGGCCUUUCUGUUCCACACAUACAAGAAUGGUGUUUCGUUAAACGGAGCGAAUUCCCUUGUGGAGGCUUCUGUUGCUGUGAAGUCUGGCCGAACCUCGCCAGAAGGUGAAGCCAUGCUUCUUUGCGGCCUGUUCAGUGUUUCCAGUUUGGAGUUGAAGGGUAUACAGGAACUGGGUUGGCUUAUUCUGCAUCCAUGGCGACCGCGAGGAAGAGGAGCUGUCCAGACACCAUCUCCACCGGCGACCGACCGGCUGAGCGCGCUGCCGGACGCCCUCCUCCACACCAUCCUCUCCUCACUCAAGGGCCGACAGAUGGUUCAGACGAGCGUGCUCUCCAAGAGGUGGAGGCAUCUUUGGCGCUCCGUGCCAUGCCUCGACAUCGACCAGAGAGAGUUCGCGGCCGCCAGUGAGAAUUGGGUGCGGCUGGAGUUCAAUCAAGUCGAAUUCCAUGCAUUCAAAAACCUGAGGACCUUGUUGCUGGAUAGAUGCCGUCCGAGUUACAACAAUGAGUUAUUGCGUCACCUUCUCCAGAACUCUCCUAAUCUUGAGAAGCUCACUGUGCAUUGCUGCAAGUUCUCAAAAGGUUCCCUGGAGUGGAGGAAAUCAUCCCAGCAUAAGAACCAGGUGAACUGUAGGAAGCUGAAGUCUACUGAAAUCAUAUACAAGGACAUUGAUGAUGUUCGUGAGCUUGUCGAUCUUUUGCUGGACGUCUCAGGGCACCUACCGAAGAACACUAUAGCGCUCACCAAAAUAUGA